UGAUGGCUGUUUGUCCUAUAUAUUGCUCCCUCUAACUGAACAGCAGGUCUUGAUUACUAUUUGAAGAUUCAAGCCCGCGGAUGAGGAUCUUAGCUCUCUGUCUGAUCAUCAGCUAUGGGGUGCUUCUGGCUCUGCCAGAGGCUUCCGGAGCCCCAACCAGUUGUGACGCUAAAAAGAAUGAUGACCUGAUUUACAAGAAGACCGAAGAAGAGAAAUCAAAAUACCAAUCAAAAUCGGUGUCUGAAGAACGUGAUGUUGAGUCCGAGGACAAUGUGUGCAGUAACGGGUUGUCCAGUGGUAGGCGAGAAAUCUCUACCACAACAGAAAUGACAGCAGAGGAAAUGGAAAAAUCUCGUAAAGCGACAGAAGUAAAAACCGCAAACGGCUCCGAAAAAGCAGAAGAAUCCGCUAAAAAGAAGACCCUUGUUUCCGCCAACUCCAAGCAAACGGUGGUUGUUUACUACCUGGUGUCAUACAAGAAACUGCCGAAGUUGAAAGAAAAUGAAUGCAAGAUUGCUUACUUCAAAAGAGUUUUCCCCAAGGAGAAAGACAGCAAGGUUUUAUACCACAAGAUCUUCAAAGUUUAUGAAGGGGAAGAACCCUUACAGUACGUUGAAAGGAUUGAGUACAUCUUCGACAAGGUUUACCCCGAACUGGAUCCCAGACUUGAUGUCAGAUAUGUAGACUUCUUCGACCACUACUACACCCAGAGAUACUUCAGAAAGAUAGGCGAGUGUGACGAACAUUACUACAAGAGAGUGCUGAAGAGGUUCGAUUGUGAGACGUUUGAUCACUACAGGAAGAGAAUGCAAUGUCUGGAAGCUUCGCUGGACGAGGAGGACUUUGAACACAUCACCUUCGUCGACACAGAGCUUGGUUUUACCGUGGGAAAGAGGAAGAAACCUGUCACAUCUGUCUCCAGCCCUAAAUCCAGCGGAAUCAAAUAUGGAAAUUUCAAAAAUGAAAAGAAAAAGACCAGGAAGCAAGCUAGGAAGUUGGACGCAACUGAAGAAGUAGAACAAGAAAAGAGCAACAAGGGAAGUUCUGUAAAAGCCCAGAGGAAACUUCAUACGACAAAUGAAGUGAUUGAGAAAGAAGAAGAAAUCAAAAUGUUCUCUUACAAAGUAGCUUACACCAGACUGCCCAAGAGGAAGAUCGGCCAAUGUGAUGCUGACUAUUACAGAGAGUUCUUCGGCAAGUACGACCCAAAGAUUACCAGCGAUCAGAGGAACGAAAUGUACCUCCGUCUGCUCAUCCAAUACAAGGACGAGAACUUCAAGGAAUACGUUCAAAGAAUUGACUACCUCUUUGACAAGGUCUACCCUGAGUUAGACGUCAGGACCAACAAGAUCUUCGUCAGCAUGCUGGAGCAUUACUACAGGGAGAAGUACCUCAAGUCAGAAAAGGAAAGUGAAGAUGCAUGGUUUGCUCGAGUGCUGAAGAAGCUGCCAAACGAGUCUGCUGAACAAUACAAAGGCAGACUUUACUGCAUUGAAACAGUGUUCCUUGAUGCUGCUGAUUGGUCUAGGGUUGUUAUUGAUGCAAACUCCAGCGUCGGCUACACUUUGAAACCGAUUGCUGGAAAAGCUCCCCCAAAAGAUAAGAAGAAGAAAAAGAAGGACUGUGGUUGCGCAUGAAGAUAAGGAGUAAGUGAGGAAAACUAUAUGAAGUUACAAAAUAGGUUAACCAACAAAACUCUGGUUUUUGAACAGUGAUCAACAACCAACUUAAUGAUUAUUUGUAAAAAAAUAUACAAACAUCUAA